AUGUUUCAUCCGAACAUUUUCGACAGCCACCACCACCUUCUCGACAUGGCCCACAAGGACCAAGAAAACGAGACGGACCUCAUCAGAGACGACGAUCUUUACGGGUCUAAUAAGUCGGUGACUGAGCUAAUGGAGGCUCAAUCCGGCGACGACGACGACCAAGAUCCGGCCCAAAUAAGGCCCAACAAGAAGAAGCGGUAUCACCGCCACACGCAACACCAAAUCCAAGAAAUGGAAUCGUUUUUUAAGGAAUGCCCUCACCCGGACGACAAGCAAAGGAAGGAUCUCGGUCGACGGUUGGGGUUAGAGCCUUUGCAAGUCAAGUUUUGGUUUCAGAACAAGAGGACCCAAAUGAAGGCUCAACACGAAAGAUCCGAAAACACGCAAUUGAGGAACGAGAACGACAAGCUAAGAGCCGAGAAUGUACGCUACAAAGAGGCCCUAAGUUGUGCCACUUGUCCGAAUUGUGGGGGCCCGGCUGCCAUUGGCGAGAUGUCGUUUGACGAGCAACACUUGAGGAUCGAGAACGUUCGCUUGAGAGAGGAAAUUGCUAGGAUUUCAGGUAUGGCUGCGAAAUACGUGGGGAAAUCGAUGCAAUCGUAUCCGCAUCUCUCACCCGGCUCAUCAUCUCGUUCGCUUGAUAUUGGAGUUGAGAAUAAUUUCGGGCUGCAAUCUGGCAUGACAGGCGAGAUUGGUGUUGUUGAUCUUCUAAGGUCGGUAUCAGGUCCAACUGAAGCCGAAAAGCCCGUGAUAAUCGAGCUGGCUGUUGCGGCUAUGGAGGAGCUAAUCCAGAUGGCCCAAAGUGGAGAGCCUCUUUGGAUCCCGACCAUCGACUGUAAUUCUCUCGAGGCAUUGAACGAGGAGGAGUACGUAAGGGUUUUUCCGAGAGGGAUCGAGCCUAAGCCCUUAGGGUUUAAGUCCGAGGCCUCUCGCGAGUCAGUUAUCGUGAUAAUGAAUCACAUGAACUUGGUGGAGCUAUUCAUGGAUGUGAAUCGAUGGUCGAGCAUGUUUUCGUGUAUUGUUUCUAGAGCGACGACUUUGGAGGUUUUGUCGACCGGCAUGGCGGGUAACUAUGAUGGAGCUUUACAAGUGAUGAACGCCGAGUUCCAAGUCCCUUCUCCGUUGGUCCCGACUCGCGAGAACUACUUCGUGAGGUACUGCAAACAACAUGGGGACGGGAAUACUUGGGCAGUUGUCGAUGUUUCGUUAGACAACCUUAGUCCCAAUUCGAUGUCAAGGUGUAGGAGAAGGCCUUCGGGCUGCCUCAUUCAAGAAUUGCCCGAUGGCUACUCAAAAGUUACUUGGGUCGAACAUGUGGAGGUGGACGAUAGAGCGGUCCAGAACAUCUACAAGCCGCUCGUCAACUCAGGUACCGCAUUUGGGGCGAGACGUUGGGUGGCUACACUCGACCGACAAUGUGAGCGCUUGGCGAGUGUUAUGGCCGACAACAUAUCAUCCGGAGACGUUGGAGCUAUGGUGAUAUCAUCGCCAAAGGGUCGAAAGAGCAUGCUGGGGCUGGCUGAAAGAAUGGUGACAAGCUUUUGCACGGGGGUCGGUGCAUCGACCGCGCACACGUGGACGACAAUGUCGGGAAGUGGGCCGGACGAUGUCAGGGUCAUGACCCGGAAAAGCAUGGACGACCCCGGCAGGCCUCCGGGAAUCGUGCUAAGUGCUGCAACUUCCUUCUGGCUCCCGGUGCCCCCCAAAAGGGUGUUCGAUUUCUUGCGCGACGAGAACUCGAGGAACGAGUGGGACAUCCUUUCCAACGGCGGUCUCGUUCAAGAAAUGGCCCACAUCGCCAAUGGCCGUGACCCGGGAAACUCCGUCACCUUGCUUCGAGUCAACAGCGCGAACUCGAGCCAGAGCAACAUGUUGAUACUCCAAGAGAGUUGCGUGGACCCCACGGGCUCGUACGUGAUCUACGCCCCAGUCGACAUCAUCGCCAUGAACGCUGUCCUCAGCGGCGGUGACCCGGACUAUGUGGCCCUCCUCCCAUCGGGCUUCGCCAUACUGCCCGAUGGGCCGGGUGGCGGGCCGGGCACGGGCUCUGAAGUCGGGUCUGGUGGGUCCCUGUUGACUGUCGCAUUCCAGAUACUGGUCGACUCGGUCCCGACCGCUAAGCUCUCCUUGGGUUCGGUGGCGACGGUCAACAGCCUUAUCAAGUGCACAGUCGAGAGGAUUAAGGGCGCCGUUUUGUGCGAAGCCUCGUGA